AUGUUUGCGUCACUUUGGCUACCUCCAAUCACAAUCGCCACCCUCCUGUUUCUAGCUACUAGACAAGUCGAAGCAACAGGCCCCUACAAGUCCCUCGGCGACCUGUUCGACGGCCAGCUCGCUCGUCUGGCCCCGGACACCCCAAAGAAUGCGCGUCUAGGCGGCCAGGACUUCAAGCGCUGUUGCAGCCUCGCCCUCAACCAAUCUCUCCGUAUCGUUGAUGGCUAUCCGGAGUAUGUCCCAGGGCAGACCUUUCUGCACGGGGACAUAGCCUCGCUCUUGGCCCACCAAUACCCCUGUGGCGCCGCUUACAACGGCUCGUCGGGCGGUCCGACCCAGGUAACGGUCCCGUACUCGUGGUGCCGCGCCAACUGCGACGGCUGGGCGCUCAGUCGCACCGAGAAAGACGGCGACUGGCUCGAGUCGUACGUCACGUUCAUCCUGCCAAGCCUGGUCUUCUGCUUCUCUAUCCCGCGGCGCAGGGCCCUGGCCAUCCCGGAAUCACUGUCUCUCGGCGCCGGCGACCUCGGGUGGCGUGGGUAUCUGGCGCUCCUGUACAAGGUGCCCAUAGCCUGCUUAAUACUGUUCGUCGACACGGUGCAGCUUGUCGUGAUGUGUAUCGUCAUGGCAGGACCGAUGCUCCUAGCCGGGACGUACGAGACGGUUCUGGACGCCAGGGUUCUGGCAUACCUACGGAGCAACAACGAGAUUGGACCCCGGAUCAGGGCACACUUGUUGCUGGUGGUUCUUAUUGGUAAUCUGGACGAGCACAAAGCUUGGGAUGAAUCGGUGCAGUGGCUGAACAGCUUUCAUAUCGACGAUAGCCGCCCUGGAUCAGCAACAUCCCCUCCAGAAGAUACAAGUACGAUCGCAAAGAUGUCAGAGGCUCCCACCCAUCAAACCAUUGGUAGACUUCGGCAAGGUCUUGUAGAUCUACUGGAUUCUCAAUCUCCUUUCGGUACCACUUUGGGGAUCGGGGUGACUUUUUUCUCGCUCUGUUUCCUGUAUAGCAUUAGCCAGAUCAGAGCACACUGGGGACAAUCUGCAACCUCCUACACGCUGGCGUUUGGGUGCUUCUGGUUGACCGUUGGCCAUGUGGCUGUCGUCGCGGGUGUUCUAUUGUCCAUCCAGAACGUCAGGGUGUGGGAGGAUAUGACGGCCGUCAUCAGCAACGAGUACAACCAUGCUACCUUGGAAUUUGCCCCGGCAAUGAGGCCUGAGUUCUUUUACCAGUCACUAUGGGCGCGAUUCGUAUCAUUGUGCUCGAUUGUCAGAGAAACAUUGUCCAGCACUGGAGGGACACGUCGAUACAAGACCGCCUGGAUGUGGGACCGUGGCACAAUCAAGGCAUCCUGGCUGGCGCAGUUAGCUCAGUAUUAUCCAGAGCUCAGGAUACAGGAGAACAUCAUCCGCAUGACGUGGCUGCAAAUCAUGGGUACGGUCGUCGGACCAGCCGUUCUUCUCUUCCUGGUCCCCGUCUUCCUUGCAGGGAUGGCUAGUCUUCAAAUUGCUUGGCUUAUUUGGGAACUGCCUGUGCUGGGUGCCGUGAAGCUUAGCAGAUGGUUAAGUCUCGAAUCGCCUGAUACAACGAUGUUUCUGGGGAGCAACAGCGAUGAGCAGAUCCUGUUCGCGAAGGCGUACUGGAUGCCCAUCGGGGUCUCGGCCACAAUCUUCCUCGUAGCAACCACGCUGUUUGCUUGGCAAUACCAGCAGCGCCGUCGUGCACAGUUCAAGCAGCUCGUGCACGGCAUUGGCAAACCCUAA